AUGGGGGACUCGAACCUAGGAAAGCUGACGGCAAGUCUGGAGGAGCUGUCUUUGAAGAAACAGCUGCCACUUCGUCAGCAGGCUCGCAAACCCUUGCUACAGUACACAAACCAGCUGACCAAACUGCAGCUGUUCAACCAGUCUGAUAUCCUAGCCUUGAGGAAUGCGGCCAGUAGCACGGGUUCACCCUACAGUUAUGGAGCAAGUGGCAUCCCUUACAUGUAUAUGCUCCCUUCAGGUAAAGUUAUAUCGACAAGCUUCAAAGCUGCCCCUGAUACAUCACAAGCAGGAGGAGGAGCCAAGCCUGCACCACACCCUACCCCAUCCCCUGUGGAACAGGGAGAAAUUAGGAAAUCCCCACCAAGACAUCACAGUCACGCCAACCCAUACAACAGACCUCUCAGUGCUAAGGACCUGGCAAACAUUGCUCCUCAGUAUAAGAAGCCUGUGAAAAAACAGUACUGUGGACAAAGUAGUUCAAGACGAGACAGCACCGCCUCAGGAGCAUCAGAGGUGUCACCCAACACUAACUCCACAUCUCUGCAGACAAACUCCUUCAUGCGUCCACAAAGCGGCAUGCGGAGGGAAAAACACACACACAAGAAAUCUGCCCCGUCUUCUGCACUUUGCUCUGAAAUAGAUCGCCUAGCCGAGACGCUACGUUCUCAAACAACAACGGACAAGAAUCCCCCAGGAAAGGAUGCCUGUAAGGCUUUAAUUGAAAUUGGCAGCCUCGUGUCUGGCAUGACUAGCGGUGCCAAUGGAAGAACAGUCAUACAGACAGAUGCACCCUCUGAAGAGAUACACGCUGUGGCCUCUGUGCCGUCACACUGUUCAGAUCUUAGUUCUGCGGAUGGUUCGCAACCGUUGUCCUGCACCUGUCAGUCUCGCUCAGAGUCAUCUGUGUCUUCCAGCGGAUCAUGUAUGCACCAGUCAUCUUCCAGUUCCGACUGCUGUGUCAGUGUGCGAAACCCGAACUACACUCCCACAAAACCGUACUGUAUGGUGAGAGAAGUCGGGCAGGCUGAACUGGAUCAAAGUGGUCAGCAGGUGCUUUCGCCCAAUCAGACCCACCCAUCCUUGGCCUCACCGCUUCCUGAGGGCAAGCAUGCCUUUCAGUUUUAUCGAAAAGGAUCGAAAUCGCAUGAACAGCUUCACGAACACGGGAUACGACUGAAAGGCGACGGGGCACCUGCCACAUCUUCACUUUCUGCUAAGUCUAAAGACGCUGGGAACAAACUAACGCAGUCCUCGGACACCCUCUCUGUGAACGACAAUGACAGUUCGGACUGGGGAUCGCCCUCUGGAGAGCGCCUGCCUGGUGAUGGAGAGGCUAGUACUGAUGACUAUGAAGAAGAUGAUGAGGUGGAAGUUGAUGAUGACCUAGAUGACAUUGAUCAGGAGGAUGAGGAUGCUAUCGGUGACCUGGAAGACGAUUCACUGAUGACAGCUAAUAUAAAGAUAGAUGUACAUAUGAAUAUACAGUAUGAUCUGGAUAACUAUUCCUUUACCAGCUCCCCAUCAAAACGCCCCAUGUCGGUGAAAUCACGUAGUAGCGCUCACAGUGCGACUCCAUCGUGUCGGCCGCUGAGUUCGACCAGUGAGAAGCACCACCUGCGAUCGCGAUCGGUCAGCUCUGACAUGCCAGUAUUAGCUGCUCUAACACCGAGCCUCUUCAGCAACAUUCCACCAACCAUAAACUUUGUCGCGGAAGGGGAAAAGGUGGAGAAGUUACCAUGGGAAAUGAGGAAGUUGCUUAAGUGGAGAAUGAGUCCUAUCACCCCAAAUGUGGUCAAGUCGGCUCUUUCCAGAUCUGGAUUCCGCAUCACUAAACGCAACCAUGAUUGGGUGGGCUGCUUCGGUAAACAUAUGAAAUCCCAAGCCUUCAGAUCUAUCCGAGAGUAUCAAAAGAUCAAUCACUUCCCCGGGUCCUUCCAGUUGGGUAGGAAGGACAGAUUAUGGCGCAAUCUGUCACGAAUGCAGGUUCAUUUUGGCCGUAAAGAGUUCGGUUUCUUCCCCCAGACGUUUGUGCUGCCUUUUGAUCUUAAACUCUUGAGGAGGGCUUGGGAAGAUGGUGGCAGCAAACAGAAGUGGAUUAUCAAACCGCCAGCGUCUGCUCGUGGGAUUGGGAUAAAGGUGAUUCACAAGUGGACACAGAUUCCUCGUCGACGCCCAGUCAUCGUACAAAGAUACCUGGCUCGUCCGUUCCUGAUCAACGACAGUAAGUUUGACAUGAGGGUGUAUGUGUACGUCAGCAGCUGUGAUCCCCUCAGGAUUUAUGUCUACGAGGACGGACUGGCCAGAUUCGCCUCUUCCAAAUACUCAUCAGCGAUGAAAAACCUGGCUAACAAAUUCAUGCACCUGACCAACUACAGCAUAAACAAGAAGAACAACCAGUACCAGAGUAACUCAGACGAAACCGUGUGUCAGGGACACAAGUGGAGUCUGAAGGCACUCUGGUGCUACAUGAGGAAGCAGGGUAUUAACUCAUCUGCCAUUUGGGACAGUGUGAAGGAUCUCAUUGUCAAGACAGUCAUUAGCGCGGAAGCCUGUAUGAACAGUUUGAUCAAGGCCAAUGUGAAGAGUCGCUACAGCGUUCACGAGCUAUUUGGGUUUGACAUUCUACUGGACGAGGCCUUGAGGCCAUGGAUCCUGGAAGUCAACAUCAGCCCAAGUUUACAUUCCAACUCACAGCUGGACAUUAACAUCAAAGGAAACAUGAUUAAGGAUAUGUUCAACAUGGCUGGGUUUCGAAUUCCAGAUCGCUAUGACGUCACGACAUCAGGAAGCUCAAGUACCACGGAUCUCAGUAAUUACUUGCCCUCCACGAAUUACUGCAUGGACAAGCGCCAGUUUUGUAGUCAGCUGGCGCCCGAUGAGCGUGCCAAACAUGCGUACUACUGCCAGAGGUACCAAGAUGAGCACAUUUUGCAGACCAUCCUUGACACCCUCACCCCGGAUGACAUCCGUAUUCUGACCGAGAGCAUUGAUGAGGACAGCCGUAAAGGAGGCUUCCAACGGGUGUACCCCACCCCAACCACCAAUCGCUACAUGAGGUUCUUCGAGCAGCAGAGGUAUUACAACCUGCUGUUGGACCAGUGGGUGCAGCGAUUUAACCGACUUGAGUCUAAAGGUAUCAAAAUGUUGGAAUCCUUUUGUGCAGCCGGCAUUCAUUUUGACGUGCCAACGGAUGAUCAUAAUCAUCAGUGGACUCCGCCUUCCUCCUCCAACAUGAGUUUCCGAGAUCCAAGAAUGACCAGUGCACCCAUACCUAAAAAUCACAAAGACAGUGACGCAGAUCUCAGUAAAGCUAGAAAUGUUAACCAGCAGCAUUCUACCAGUUGCAGCCAGUUGUCCUCUGCAAUCUACACAAAGCGCCCCAAGGGCGUGUCAGCAGUCAUGAAGGCUAAUAAUGCUGAGCCCACUGUGACGUUAUCAGGUGUCAAGGGCAAGCCCCCACGCCCCCCGGGGAGUAAGUUUGAUGGGGCGUCCAGGUGACUAGGAGUCCGUCUACCACCACUAAACGAGCAUCAGCCAUCCCCACACACGUCACUCGUCACAACUGUCUUCG